GAUCCGUUUGGUUUAAUUCGAAAUACGGGUAUUCGGCCAGGUGUUCGGGAACAUGUUCGUGCCCUUUCCGCAAUAAUACCUCAUUGGCGUGAUAAAGUGGCAGCAGCAACAGCAAGUGCUACCAGUGAAUAUGUCAUCCGACGAUAUAUUGCAACAUCUCGUGGUGUUAUGAUCACUUACCCAGCUACUGUUAUCCGAGACAACUAUGAGCCCGAUUUACAGCCAUGGUAUACACGAGCUGUUGAAUUUCCUGGAAGAAUUGUUCUUACUGGGCCAUUUCUUGAGGACAAUGUUGGGCAAGUGGUAACAAUUUCAACAGCUAUUUUUGAAGGUAUAUUUCCAACAUUCGAUCGUAUAUUUUGUUCUUAUGCAGUCGUAUGCUGA